ACUCCGCGCCGGGCUCCUCCGCUUCUCCCCUCCUCGCGGGGCUGGGGAGAGGCCCCCGGCGAGCGCACCAUGAAGUCCGUCCUGUUCAGCCGCUUCUUCAUCCUCCUGCCCUGGAUCCUCAUCGUCAUCAUCAUGCUCGACGUGGACACGCGCAGGCCCGCGCCCCCACUCACCCCGCGCCCCUACUUCUCGCCCUACGCCGCGGGCCGCGUGGGGACCCGCCUCCCGCUGGGCAGGGUCGGCCCCGGGCGCGGCUCGGAGAAGCGCAACGAGUCGCGACCCCAGCCCCGGCGAGAGCAGCUGCCCACGAUCUAUGCCAUCACGCCCACUUACAGCCGCCCGGUGCAGAAAGCCGAGCUCACCCGACUGGCCAACACGUUCCGCCAGGUGGCGCAGCUGCACUGGAUCCUGGUGGAGGACGCGGUGGCCCGGAGCGAGCUGGUGAGCCGCUUCCUGGCGCGGGCCGGGCUGCCCAGCACGCACCUGCACGUGCCGACGCCGCGCCGCUACAAGCGGCCCGGGCUGCCGCGCGCCACCGAGCAGCGCAACGCCGGCCUGGCCUGGCUGCGCCAGCGGCACCAGCACCAGCACCAGCACGCGCAGCCGGGCGUGCUCUUCUUCGCCGACGACGACAACACCUACAGCCUGGAGCUCUUUCAGGAGAUGCGAACGACCCGCAAGGUGUCCGUCUGGCCAGUGGGCCUGGUUGGUGGGCGCCGCUAUGAACGUCCGUUGGUGGAAAAUGGCAAAGUUGUUGGCUGGUACACAGGCUGGAGAGCUGACCGGCCUUUUGCCAUCGACAUGGCAGGAUUUGCUGUAAGUCUUCAAGUCAUCUUAUCUAAUCCAAAAGCUGUAUUUAAGCGCCGUGGGUCCCAGCCAGGCAUGCAAGAAUCUGACUUUCUAAAACAAAUAACAACAGUUGAAGAACUGGAACCAAAAGCAAGUAACUGCACCAAGGUUCUCGUGUGGCACACGCGGACAGAGAAGGUUAAUCUAGCCAACGAGCCAAAAUACCGUCUGGACACAGUGAAAAUUGAGGUAUGAACUGAAGCAGCAACUGGAGCCAUCUGCCUGGCCA